AUGGCAAAGGGUCUUACACAAUGCUGCUCUCUAUCCCUUCUGUUGUUUAACUUAAUUGGAGAACUUCUCAAUUUAUUGCUUCUUAAGUCGCUUUCUUCGGGUUUGUUAUAUGGUUUGGUGAUAGGUAGAAAUAAGGGUUCUUUUAACUUGUCUCAUCUGCAAUUUACAUAUGAUCUUAUCAUUUUCUAUGAUGCCUCGAAGAUGCAGAUAUUAAAUGUUAAGAGGGUUUUAAGAGUUUUUGAAGUCAUGACUGGUCUUCAACUGAACCUCAAUAAAAGUAGAUUAUUUGGUAUAAACACUAGCGAAAAUGAGGUAAAGGAGUGGGUGAGAGCUAUUGGUUACUCAGUUGGAAGUCUUCCUUCUGAUUACCUUGGGUUGCCUCUUGGUGCAAACAGAAAUUCUUCAUCCCUAUGGGAUUCGAUUAUCUAG